UAUUUAAAAAUGAGUGACAUGAAAGCUCAGCACGGUGCCCAUGAGAUGGAAGGUUGGUUAUUCAAGUGGACUAAUUACCUAAAAGGUUACCAACGAAGAUGGUUCGUCCUGUCAAAUCGCGGUCUGUCAUACUACAGGGCUGAACCAACGGGGGGGCCUAAGAUAUCGAUGCGACGCAGGCGGAGAGGUGGCAGAGCCUCCGAGAACCAAGCAGAAAUGGCACACACUUGCCGGGGCACCAUAUCUUUACACGGGGCCUUAAUCCAUACCGUCGAUCCAUGUACUUUUGUUGUGAGCAACGGUGGAACGCAGACCUUUCAUAUUAAAGCAGCCACUGAGGUUGAGCGACAGCAAUGGGUUACAGCUUUAGAGUUAGCUAAAGCUAAAGCUAUUCAGGCAAUGGAGUCGGAAGAUGAGGAAGAUUAUCAAGAUAAUGACAAUCAAAAAGCAGAGCAUGCCUCCAUCGUUAAAGAUUUAACCGAUCGUUUGCAAGGCCUGCAAACUUGGAGUGACCUAAUAAAUAAACGAGGAGCUGCCCUACAACGAGCUUUGAACGAACUUGAGACUUUGGACGUCUCCUCUAAUGUUUCCCCAAAGAUAAAAGCGGUCAAUGAGCGGGCAGCUCUUUUCCGUAUUGCUUCAAACGCUAUGAUUAAUGCAUGUACCGAUUAUCUCAAUCUGGCCCAACAACAAGGGCACAAGUGGCAGAAGCUGCUACAACAUGAGCGUGAACAAAAAUUGCGACUAGAAGAAAUGGUAGAGCAACUUGCGAGGCAGCACUCUCAUUUAGAACAAGCUGCUCAGCAUGCCUUGCCUCUAGCUUCAGGUUCCAGCGGACAUAGAUCCUCUCACGCAGCCGCGCACGCCUCUCCAUCAGAGGACGAGGAAGAUAACGCUGAGUUUUACGAUGCCCAGGAAUCGGAUACCUUUACCCUAAACAUUCCUGGAGUUGUUAGUGGACAUUCUUCAACAAGAGAUCGCGAUCGUACCGACUCCCAGGGUAGUGACGAUGGCUCGAGUUCAGAGGGCGAUCCAGCUAAUCCAUCUUCUGGCCCAGACUCCGCUUCUAAUAACUCGUUCCACAUUCUGACUGAUCCCUCCGUUUCAACAGCUAAAUCCAACACUGCAAACUCUACAAGCGAGCUGGCUAAUACGGCUUGGAAUCCAAACAAUGGAGAAGCAGCCGGUGGCUCCGGGAUGAAGAUCUCAAAGAGGCAACGUCGAACCAGAGUACCUGUAAAACCAAACUAUCCUCUCAAUCUAUGGAGUAUCAUGAAAAAUUGCAUCGGAAAAGAACUUUCGAAAAUUCCAAUGCCCGUCAAUUUCUCGGAGCCACUUAGUAUGUUACAACGUCUUGCAGAGGAUUACGAAUAUGCUGACAUACUCGAUAGAGCGGCAGAAUGCGAAGACAGUUGCGAACAAAUGGCAUAUGUCGCGGCAUUUACAGUAUCAAGUUACUCGACAACAGCUUCUCGAACGGGUAAACCGUUUAAUCCUUUGCUAGGUGAGACAUACGAAUGCGAUCGUACCGAUGAUCUUGGAUGGCGGGUUAUUUCCGAACAGGUAUCUCAUCAUCCACCUAUGGUUGCCCAGUACGCAGAAGGGCGAAAAUGGCGCUGUUGGCAAGAGUUCACAAUGGCGUCUAAGUUCCGUGGCAAAUAUCUUCAGGUGAUUCCUUUGGGUACAGCCCAUUUGGAAUUUGCUGGUAGCUCGCAGCACUACACCUGGCGCAAAGUAACUACUACCGUACAUAAUAUUAUUGUUGGAAAGUUAUGGGUGGAUCAAAGCGGUGACAUGGAUAUCAUUAACCAUCACGACGGCACUAAAUGUCAUCUGAAGUACAUACCAUAUUCGUACUUUUCGCGUGAUAGUCAGCGCAAAGUCAAGGGUGUUGUAAUGGAUGCGAACAAUGUCGUUAGAUGGGUUAUACAGGGGACAUGGGAUACUAGAAUAGAAAUUGCCCCUGUUAUAAGUACGUCUGGAACUCCUGACAAUCCCGUCUACAAAACCGGCCCCUACAACAUUGCUUGGAAAAGACGCAUGCCCCCUGAUGAUUGUGAAAAAUACUAUUCAUUCACGGAACUGGCUUGUCAGCUGAACGAGCCCGAGGAGGGUGUGGCACCUACAGAUUCGCGGUUACGGCCCGAUCAACGAUUGAUGGAAAACGGACUUUGGGACGAGGCAAACGCACAUAAGCUUCGACUGGAAGAUAAACAACGAACAGUACGACGAAGCCGCGAAGCAGAUGCUGAAAAGGCUGCGGCAGAAGGUCUGCCGUACGAGGGGUACGAGCCAGUAUGGUUUAAGAAACAGCGUGAUCAGUAUACAGACAGCCUGUGUCACAUUUAUACCGGUGAAUAUUGGGAAUGCAAAAGCAAGGGUGACUGGACACGGUGCCCCAACAUAUUUUAGUCUACCAUUUUAAUAACUAAUAAAUCGAUCAAUUGAUCAUUUCAUGAUUCAUUUAUGCUGAGUGGAUUUGAACUUGAAAUUGUUGGGACGUAGUAACGCUGAAAACCAACUAGUAGUGAGCAAAUAAAUCGUAAGAUUUUGAAGUUGUAUAUAGCUACUUGUUUGCUCAUUGUAAGAUCAAUCCGGAAUAUUUUUACGAUGGGUGAAUACUGGAUUGUUUACUACCUGACGAUGCCUCGGAAAAUCUCAUUCUAAUAUGAAUUCAGAAUAUUAAUUGGCAUAUCCGACAGUCCCGUCGGAGCCUCUACUUUAUGUUAAUAUGUUAUCAGCUAAUCAAAUACAUUGUUGCUUGAAAUUCGGCAUCCUCGGACAUUGGAUGCAAGCAACAAGAUAAAUUCUAAGAACCUAAUGCUGAGCUCAAUGCUUCUAAGUUUUCAUUUCUAGGAGUCUUAAUUUAUUUAUUUAAUUUCAUUCGAUCUUUUAUGAACGCGCUAGUUUUCACCACAAAUGAAACUUCAAGAUAGCAUUCCUCGGACCAAAUGCCAAUAAAAAUUGAAGUGCUUUCGUUGGUGUUUUCCCGAUGUGUAUUCUUUCAACGUGUCCCAGAAUUCAGAGUGUUCAUGUUUGUUCAAUAGGAUGGGAAAGUUAUUUCUUUCGUCAAAAGGUAUUUUGUGAAUGGGAAAUUUUGUGAAAUGUUUUUUAUGACUUACAAUCUAACCCAAGGGGAUGCCUAGUGUUAACAUCACUGAGCAACUAAUGAAAAAACGAAGGUAAAAUCAUGUAAUUUAAUAAAUUCAAAUUAAACUAACGGUGGCGCGAGAGCUUCCAAAUUAUUAAUUAGAGAGGCUUUGUACACAUUAUUAUUAUCAUCAAUUUUUCCUGCCCACAAUUUACAUUUGUUAUUUAAUAUUAAUAUUGAUUAAUUAUUAUCGAAACGAUCUUAUUGUGUAUCCCAACUAUUUAUCGGUGUACGGGUUGUUUUGAUCGAAAAUGUAUGAAAUCGACCUGACAUAUGCUGGUACAAAAGCAGCCAGGACAAACAGGCCGUACAGAACAAAUCGUUACGUUCCUUAAAACGUGGUAAUAAUUUCGGAUAACUUUGUUGAUAUCCAUUAUUAACAUCACCUAGGUACCAAGAAAUUGAAACUCUAAGAUCAACUAGACCUCAAAUUAAUUUUUGGAAAAUUGAGACCUAUCGAUAUGGCACGUUAUUGACUUUAUUCCAAAUGGCACAUCGAUGAAAAUCAAAAAAAAAAAAAAAAGAAAAAGCUACCUGACACUGAUUUCAUAACGAGUGCAUCUUGAUCAAUUGUUAUAGGUCUCAAAUUAUCAAUAAGAAUUUCUGCAUCAAACGUAGUCUAUUGUUAUAUUGAAUUUGUAUAAUUAUUCCCCAGGCUGUACUAUAAUUUUACUAGUUGAUAAUUAUCAAAGAAAAUGAUAUAUUAUCUGUAUACAUAUGAAUACAAAGUAAUUAUUAAAUAAAGAAAUAAUAAUAUAAAAUUUAUGGUAUCCCGAAUAUAAAAAGUAUUUGGAAAUUAGUGCUUGUAUACUAGGUAUUCGUUAAAGAAGACAAAUACAAUUGCUUCGCUAUAUGAAGUUUUUAUUUCA